AUGAUUAUCCAAGUUAUCUACUACUAUUUUCUAUUGUCAUCCUUAGUUUUUGGGUUGGACAUUGAGACCGAAGUGAUUCAAAGGGGUGGAAAUUUUGAGGUACGGUCAGUUAAUAUACACUCCUGUGGCGUUUUGUCUCUUAUUGACGUCAAUAUCUUUGACAUCCAAUACUUUGUUAACUCAGCAGAAUUCUAUUUCCAUACUACAAUUCCCACUCAUCAAUUUUCCUUCGCCAGCGGUGAGGUUGUAAAUACUGGGCAGUUUAGAAUUAAUACCUAUAGAUCAUUGACGCACAGUUAUUUUUAUUUUGGAGCUAUUACUAAUGAAAACAUUUUCACUAUAUGGAUAGCGGAUAACUCUUAUAGCGAUGUUAGCCUAGGUAAUUUAUACAAUUAUGGGUCGUUUAGCGAAAUAGUAGAGGGGCAAAUUGGAUCUCUCGAUCUAACAGGGGAAUUGUUCAAUGAUGGUGUUAUUUGUCUCACCCAUGUAGAUUUUAACAUUAAUUACACCAAUGCUAAUGCUAGUGGUUGCAUCGUACUUCAUGAUUCUCUGGUUUGGUUCCAGCAGGAUCCUCUGGGAUCCACAAUUUGCUUUGCAAAUGUCAACUCCAGAAUUAGGUUAGAACAACCCCCAUGUGUCCCAAUUGUGAUUGCAGGUUUUGGUGGUGGUGAAACUAACACUAUAGAGAUUAAAAGUUCGAACCCAGAGUGUACACAAAUUGAAUACGUUAACAACCUGCUCCUAUCGAUUCUGGCUGAUGGGAUUAUAUUUCUUUUUGAUAUUGGGCCAGGAUUCGAUGGAAACUGUUUUGCUUAUAAGGCGGUAAACGAUUCGUUUGUUGCUAUUUACUAUAAUUCUCCCGUACAUACCGGAAACACCUGCAAAUGUGACUGUAACCAAAUAAUUCCAGACGAUGCUCCCGGUGCUCAUCCUGAGGUCAUUACAACAACCAAUGAAGAAGGAGCCACGGUGGAACUUACAAUCACGACUACAGACGGAUCUUGGACAACUAUCACCUUCACUCCAACUCCACCUCCUCCAACUCCAACCCCAAGUCCAUGCCCAACUCCAAGUCAGAGUCUAACUACAACUCCUCCAAUUCCUCCAAUUCCAACUUCUCCAACUACACCUACAGCUCCAAGCCCAAUUCCUCCAAUUCCAACUUCUCCGACUACAACUCCAAGCCCAAUCCCGCCAAUUCCGACUUCUCCAACUUCAACGCCAAGUCCAAUUCCUCCAACUACAACUACAACACCAAGUCCAAUUCCAACUUCUCCGACUACAACUCCAAGCCCAAUUCCACCAAUUCCAACUUCUCCAACUACAACGCCAAGUCCAAUUCCUCCAACUACAACUACAACUCCAAGUCCAAUUCCUCCAACUACAACUACAACUCCAAGUCCAAUCCCUCCAAUUCCAACUUCUCCAACUACAACACCAAGUCCAAUUCCUCCAACUACAACUACAACUCCAAGUCCUAUUCCUCCAACUACAACUACAACUCCAAGUCCUAUUCCUCCAACUACAACUACACCUACAAGCCCAAUCCCUCCAAUUCCGACUUCUCCAACUACAACUCCAAGUCCAAUUCCUCCAACUACAACAACAACUCCUCCCAUUCCACCUCCUGUUGAAACUUCUACAACCACAACUACAACUCCUCCAAUUCCACCUCCUGUUGAAACUUCUACAACCACAACCACAACUCCUCCAAUUCCACCUCCUGUUGAAACUUCUACAACUACAACUCCAAGUCCAAUUCCUCCAACAACUCCUCCUUUUUUUGCACCUCCAACAACAAUUACCACUACUAUUGAUGGCACUUUGACAACUAUAACUUUACCAAUUGGACAAACUAUUACCAUCGAUCCUCCACCAAUUGUUAGAACGAUCACUACAUCACUCCAUGGAACAUUAACCACGUUAACAUUACCUGUCAUUUAUGAGGAUCAAGUUAUCAUUACCACAGCCACACUUACUGUUGAUGGAACUGUUCUGACAGUCACCAGAUUAAUUCUUGGAGGAACGACAACUGAGACAUUACCCGGAGCUCUUCCUUCUGUUUUAAUAUACACGGAAGACGGUACAAUAAUUACAGAUACGCUUUUGUUACCACCUGGAGUUCCCCAACCAAGCACUACGAUGGUUACUGUAACCAUUUCUCACCUAGAAGCGAUCGAAAAUGAGACUGUUCCCCUUUUCCCAGUGACUACUGGUUUGCUUCCGGAAGGAACUACUAUUACUAUUCCAGCGGCUGGACCUACUGCUGUUCCUACGCUAGAAUUGCGUCAGGUUGUGACACCGGCUGAAGCGGGAGCGACUAGCACAUAUGCUGUUUCGGCCUUAAGGGCCAUGAUUGUUUUAUUUGUUUGCGUAUUAAGUCUUUAA